AGCCCAGGCGGUUGCUAGCGGCUGAACCUGGGAGCGUCCGCAGGAAGCCCGCCCCGCCUCCGCUGCAGUAGUGAACUGGGAGAGUCAGCCGCCCAGUCAGUUAGGUAGCCCGGUAGACCAGCACACUGAAGGAUAGCUAGGACAGUGAUCGGGACGUCGCAUCCUCCGGCCUUCCCUCGCCCUCUGGGUUUCUCUCGCGCACGCGUUACAGUCUUCUGGGCAUCUUCCGCCUACCCCCCAAACACUCCUCCUCUUGCUGCGCUUUCCGCGCCCCCCGCUUCGAGUUUGCGCGCACCUCCUUCUCACCAUGUGCGUAUACAGUUCUUUUUCCAUUACUUCAUUGGAGCUAUGAUAUGAUUGGGUGUUUCUUCCAAAGAUUCAGUAGAAUGAGUUUAGUCAUCCAUUAGCCAAUGGGUAUAUUUGCAUACCUGAACUAUCAUGUUCCACGGACGAGGAGAGAGAUCUUAGAGACUCUGAUCAAGGGACUUCAGAGACUGGAGUAUAGAGGAUAUGAUUCUGCAGGUGUUGGAGUUGAUGGAGGCAAUGACAAAGACUGGGAAGCCAAUGCCUGUAAAAUACAGCUUAUUAAGAAGAAAGGGAAAGUUAAGGCACUGGAUGAAGAAGUUAACAAGCAACAGGAUAUGGACUUGGAUAUAGAAUUUGAUGUCCAUCUUGGAAUAGCUCAUACCCGUUGGGCCACCCAUGGGGAACCUAAUCCAGUUAAUAGCCAUCCGCAACGUUCUGACAAAAACAAUGAAUUUAUUGUAAUUCACAAUGGCAUCAUCACCAACUAUAAAGAUUUGAGAAAGUUUCUGGAAAGCAAAGGUUAUGAUUUUGAAUCUGAAACAGACACAGAAUCAAUUGCUAAACUUGUUAAAUACAUGUAUGACAACCGAGAAAGUGAUGAUAUCAGUUUCACGACACUGGUGGAGAGAGUAAUUCAACAACUGGAAGGUGCCUUUGCUCUUGUGUUUAAAAGUGUGCAUUAUCCUGGACAAGCAGUUGGUACAAGGAGAGGAAGCCCCCUCUUGAUUGGAGUACGAAGUGAACAUAAACUGUCCACGGACCAUAUUCCAAUACUCUACCGAACAGCUAGGGUUCAGAUUGGAUCAACCCUCACACAAUGGGGAUCACAGGGAGAAAGAGCUGUACAAACUUUGGAUCAUUCUAGUGAUGUAAUAUCCAUAAAACAGGAAAAAGGCAAAGACAAGAAAGGAAGUUGUAGCCUCUCUCGUGUGGACAGCACUACUUGCCUUUUUCCUGUUGAAGAAAAAGCUGUUGAAUAUUACUUUGCUUCUGAUGCAAGUGCUGUCAUAGAACACACCAACCGUGUUAUCUUUCUUGAGGAUGAUGAUGUGGCAGCCGUGGUAGAUGGCCGUCUUUCUAUUCACCGAAUUAAACGUACUGCAGGAGAUCACCCUGGCCGAGCUGUUCAGACACUACAGAUGGAACUACAGCAGAUCAUGAAGGGCAACUUCAGUUCAUUUAUGCAGAAGGAAAUUUUUGAGCAACCUGAAUCUGUUGUUAAUACAAUGAGAGGAAGAGUCAACUUUGAUGAUUAUACUGUAAAUUUGGGAGGUUUGAAGGAUCACAUCAAAGAAAUCCAGAGAUGCCGACGUUUGAUCCUUAUUGCAUGUGGGACAAGUUAUCAUGCGGGAGUUGCAACCCGUCAAGUACUUGAGGAGUUGACAGAAUUGCCUGUUAUGGUGGAACUUGCCAGUGACUUUCUGGAUAGAAACACUCCAGUUUUUCGAGAUGAUGUUUGCUUUUUCAUCAGUCAGUCAGGAGAGACAGCAGAUACAUUAAUGGGCCUGAGGUAUUGUAAAGAGAGAGGAGCCUUAACAGUAGGAAUUACAAACACUGUUGGCAGCUCCAUAUCAAGAGAGACAGAUUGUGGAGUUCAUAUUAAUGCUGGUCCAGAGAUUGGUGUGGCCAGCACAAAGGCUUAUACAAGCCAAUUUGUAUCUUUGGUAAUGUUUGCCCUUAUGAUGUGUGAUGAUAGGAUCUCAAUGCAAGAAAGACGCAAAGAAAUAGUACUUGGCUUGAAGGGGUUGCCUGAUUUAAUAAAGGAAGUGCUGAGUAUGGAUGAUGAAAUUCAAAAACUGGCCAUAGAACUUUAUCAUCAAAAAUCAGUAUUGAUUAUGGGACGUGGAUAUCACUAUGCUACAUGUCUGGAAGGAGCCCUAAAAAUCAAAGAAAUCACAUACAUGCAUUCAGAAGGUAUCUUAGCAGGUGAAUUAAAGCAUGGCCCAUUGGCUUUGGUAGAUAAAUUGAUGCCUGUCAUCAUGAUCAUCAUGAGAGAUAACACAUAUGCCAAAUGUCAGAAUGCUCUACAGCAAGUUGUUGCUCGGCAGGGACGACCUGUAGUUAUCUGUGACAAAGAAGAUACUGAAACCAUCAAGAACACUAAGAGGACAAUCAAGGUGCCCCAUUCAGUGGAUUGUCUGCAGGGUAUUCUCAGUGUUAUUCCCUUGCAACUACUGGCUUUCCACCUUGCGGUUCUGAGAGGAUAUGAUGUUGAUUUCCCAAGAAAUCUGGCCAAAUCUGUUACUGUGGAAUAAAGUACAUCUGAAACAGCAAAGGAGAUAACAGUGAAAGAAGCUUUCUUGUAUCAAAUAACUUGAUUUUUAAAAUCAUCCCCUUUUAGCCUUAUUUCAUUAAAUCGAGAUUUAUCAACUAUUAUUAUUUUUCCACUUACUUAGUGUUUUUUUGUGAAAAUGAUUUCUUAUAUUUUUUGAACUUGUAUUUUUGUUGUUUUGAAUAAUGAAAUCUCUGUCAGGUAGACCAUUUUUCUUUAAAAGAUUGUUAAGGCUCAAGUUUUGGUCCUCUGAAGAGGGGUUUAUUUUAUUAAAUAUACAGUGUUUCCUGUGCCAUGCUUUAUUCAUUCAGACCAAUGAAGUAGUGCAUUUUAUUAUCCAAAGCUAGUGUUGAUAUGUGCCAAUGUCUGAAAACUAUAUUCAGAUUUUACUAAAUGAGAUAUGAAGAUGUGUGGCUUUGAUUUAUUUUGAUUUUUUUUUUAAUUUGUAAAACUUGUAAACUGAAAAUUUCAUUGGCUAAAUUUAAUUAGUAUUUAACCCUUUAACUUCCCAAAGAUAGUAAGAAUUUAGGAGGAAGUUAUAUAUUAGGACAUUAGGUUUUUCUAACUUGGAGCUCAUUUGAGUAAUGUCAAGUAAGUUCUCUUAUAGUGAUAUUUUUUUCAUUGAAUUUACCACAUACAUAUUCUGAGGAUGCCCUUUGUUCAUCUAACUAAAAUAUAGAUAUUAAACUUUUUAUGGUAGUGAUAUCCUAUAUUCAUGGUAGCUGAAUCACUUAUUUCAUCUUGCUCUUGAAAACACAGACUAGGGAUGCUACCAAAUGCUUGCAAAUUAUAUCAAUACUGGUAUGUCUAAUUUGGAGCCUCUUAACCACAAAAACAUGAAACUGCCACCAAUGCUAAUCUCUUGCUAGCUCAUUGAAGAGUCUCAUGCAGUGACAUAAGUACAUUUGACUGUUUAAUUAUAUCAAUUUUUUGUAGUUCUUUGGUGCCAGUUUGACUCCUCAUGGUAGUAGAGGACUGCAAUUUCUUUAGUUAUGAUUUGACUUCAUCUGGGAGAGCAUUGAGAAGGCUUGACUGAACAAAGCUGAACACAUUUAUAUGUACAUAUGUAAAGGAUUUGUUUACAUUGUAUCAUAUUCAUUUUUCUUGGGCUUUAUUCUUUGCAUUUUCUACAUUGAUUUCCUGGGAGAUAAAUUUGUAGUGAAAGAAAUAUGAAUAACUUUGCAAAGUCUUCAACUGGUUUAAUGCUACUUCAACUGGUUUAAUGCCAGAAGUGGAAACUUCUGGUUUGAGGUGGUAAUUUAAAUUUCAACAAACAUUUUUAGACCUAUUUUAUACAAGAAAGACUUUGUACUAGAUGUUAGAGGAUACAAAGAUAAAAAAUGAAAGCCCUUGUUCUGGGGAACUUAAGAUCUAGUGGGGUGGAUGGAAGACACAUACUUUAAAUUAAAAGAGGAUAGAGAAAGGCUGGAUUAGUGAUUUCAUUGAUAUCAGAAUCCCUCUAAGAAGAUGUUCAUUCUAUAUCUGUUGGCCCUUUUCUCCACACCUUAGAGGCUUUGCUAAGACUUUACAAAUUAGACUCUAACUUGAGAGAUUCAAGAUGGAGGUGAAGGCUUGAAGUUGAGAAUAUCAGGGUGGUUCAUUGUAGGCAAAGGUAUUUAUUGAGAGAUUAUAUAUGGAGGGUAGUGUGUACAAAUGUAUAGAGGUGAAAGAGGGGAAGAUGAAAUCAGGAACAGAAGUUUAAUUUGGCUGGAAUGUACAAUGCAAUAAGGAGAAUUGCGUGGAAUAAGGUUUAGCCAGAGGUAAAUUGGGGCUAUAUUGUGGAAGGCUAGACUAAGGAAUUUAUAGUUUAUUUUGUAGGCAAUCGGGAGAUUUGGAAAGCUUUUAGGCAUGGAAGAAAUGUGAUCUGCCUUGUAUAUUAGGAAGAUUACUUUGACAGCUGUAUCUAUGAAGAUAUUGGAGAGAGAAUCUGACAUUGGAGCUGGCAAAGUACACGUGGGAGAUAAUGAAAACCUUAACUAAGCAGUGAGAAUAUAAAGGAGAGGAAUGACUAUUUGAAAUGAAAUACAUAUAAUGUACAUUUUUACAUCUAGUGUUAAUAUAUGAAUUGAACAUAAUAGAUAUCAUACUUUCUAAGUUCAGUGACUUCAUAUUUGAAAGUAAACUCCUUAACAAGUGGAAUUAUCUUACUUGUGCAUUUGUAUCCCCAGUCUUAGUACAGUGACUCAAAUGUAGGAGGUGCUUAAUGAAUGCUUGCUGAUUGAUUAUUGUAGCACUAGAUUAUUUUUUAUUAGGAUCUGGGGGAGGGAAGAGGAGAAUAUAAUAUGUUUAUUGUUUGCUUAAUUCUCUUUUUCUCAGUGUUUUGUAAUAUUUAACUUGGAAAAAAUGGGACAUUCUGGAAAAUAAAGAAAAUUCAGUCUCUUCCUCUUAGAA